AUGCCCACAGCGCAGAUGAGAAAGAUGCGGAAUAUUAUACGCCAGUUGAGGAUACAGCCCGGCGACCGUGUGCUAGAGAUAGGAACGGGCUGGGGCGCACUGGCCAUACUCAUGGCGCAGACUGUCGACUGUACUAUCGAUACAAUCACCUUGUCGACGGAGCAAGCUGAGUUGGCCACCCGACGCGUCGCUGAUGCCGGACUUGCCGACCGCGUCAAGGUGCAUUACAUGGACUUCCGGGAGUGCAGGAACAAGCCUGAUUGGGCCGGAGCGUUCGACAAGUUCUUCAGUAUCGAAAUGAUAGACAACCUUAGCAAGGACUUCAUUGCCGAGUUUUGGAGCGUGGUCGACUGGGCACUCAAGCCCAGGACUGCCAUCGGAGUGGUUCAGGUAAUCUCUAUGCCUGAGGCGAGGAUCCCGGCGUAUGACAAGGCUAGGGCCGAUUUCAUUCAGAAAUGGGUGAGUGCGACUCAGUCCAUGACCUCGCUUUGGCUCUAUACUCACUUGACCAUAGAUCUAUGUUUCUUGCUCGAGACUAUGAACAGCGGCACGCAGGGCCGUCUCACAGUCGACUCUGUACAUAACAUUGGGCCGCACUAUGCCAGAACGCUCCGAGAAUGGAAGCGGAAGUUCCUUUCGAACUGGCCUGGUCUUAUCGCUAAGGAGCUCGCGGUUCAGUACGAGCUGGAUGACGCCGAACUGGAGAUCUUCAAGAGAAAAUGGAUCUAUUACUUCGACUACUGCGAAGCGGGAUUCGCGACUCGCAGUCUCGGAGACCACGUGAUUACAUUCACGCGUGAAGGUUACGCCGACUUCGGUUGUGACUUUGAUAGUCAUUUCUAA